AUGAGGGGCAGCUUCUUGUUCCCAGACCGGAUCAUAGGAGGGGAAUACACGAAGCCAGGGGAAUAUCCCUGGAUGGCUGCUCUUCUCCACAAGUCUUCACCUCGAAGACCUUUCUGCGGCGGAUCUCUCAUCUCUCCCGUCCAUGUCCUCACGGCUGCUCACUGUGUCAACAAAUUUCAACAUGACCCAAGUUCCAUUCUGAUUCGGAUUGGAGAGCACGACUUUGUCUCGGAGUUUGAGACAGACCAUCGAGAUUUCCAUAUCCAGAAAAUCUUCGUUCAUCCCGACUAUGAAGAAAUCAAUUCAGGCUCCCUCAAUGACCUGGCCAUUAUCAAAUUGAAUAGUUCCCACGAGAUAGGACAAACGACAGUCUGCCUCGCCGAGAAACCAGGAGACUUCCAGAAUUGCGAAGCUGUCGUCAUAGGUUGGGGAAUGAACAACCCGGAAUCGGGGACUCAGCCUCCCAUCCUAAAACAAGUCCUCGUCAACGUAUAUUCGCAAGAAAUGUGCCAGAGUCUCUAUGGCAAUAUAACGAAUACUCACCUGUGUGCAGGGAACCAGAACGGAGAGAAGGACUCUUGCCAGGGAGAUUCCGGAGGGCCUUUGCUCGUCGGCCUGGAAGGGAAAUGGGUUCAAGUUGGGAUCGUGUCUUACGGAUACAGCUGCGCGCUACCACAACAUCCUGGAGUGUAUGCAAAUGUCUCUUCCCACUUACCCUGGAUUGCUAGUCAACUCCAACCGCACACUCUUAAUGGAUUCCUCAUCGUCCACGCCCUUGCAUCCAUCUCCCAGGGGGGAAAAGAAUCUGAGUUCUGUACUUAUAAUGAAGAACCCGGUUACUGUGCAGUGGAAGAUGCGUGUCUUCAGAUAAUUAUCAGCUCGGAAUUGUCCCCGAGACGCCAAGCCUGCUCCCAAAUCAAAAACAGGGCGACGAUAUGUUGUCCGAUCAGGGGGAGCUUCCUCCAUCCAGGCCGGAUCAUAGGAGGGGGAGACACAAAACCAGGGGAUUAUCCCUGGAUGGGAGCUCUUCUCCACAUGUCUUCCACUUGGAGACCUUUCUGCGGCGGGUCCCUCAUUACUCCACGUCAUGUUCUCACUGCUGGCCACUGCGUUGUUCAGAGAGUUCAAUAUGUUCCAAGUUCAUUUCUGGUCCGGAUCGGAGAGCAAAACUUUGACGAUCGGUCAGAGACAAAGCAUCAAGAUUUUCGCAUCAAAGAAGUUCACAUUCAUCCCUAUUACAAGGAUAUGAACUGGACCAUACUUAAUGAUCUGGCAAUCAUCGAACUAGAUGGUCCAUCCGAAACUAAACCUGUGACUCUCUGCCUCUCCAACGAAUCAGGAAAUCUCAAGGGUUGCUCCGCCAAUGUCAUUGGUUGGGGGGUGACACGCCCGGAAACGGAGAUCCAGCCUCCCGCCCUCAGACAAGUUUUUGUCGACGUUUACUCGCAAGAAGAUUGUCGAAGGAGCUACGAAGGAAUCAACGAUACUCAUCUGUGUGCAGGGCACAAGGACGGAGGGAAGGACUCUUGCCAGGGAGAUUCCGGAGGACCCUUGCUCGUCGGUCAAGAAGGGGAAUGGGUCCAAGUGGGGAUCGUGUCUUAUGGAAACGGCUGUGCGAGGCCUGGAUAUCCCGGAGUCUACGCGAAUGUCUCUUCCCACUUGUCCUGGAUAGCUACGCACAUCCACCCUUACACUUUAAAUGAUGGGUGCGGAGUGUCAGAGGAGCGGAUUUCUGAGAUCUUGAACACCUGUUCGAAAGCAUCGCUCUCCUUCUUUCGACUUUCAGCCUUGCAGUAUAUUUCCAUUCUCAUUUUCUCCUUCUCUACCUUUCCUUGGUAUAAUCAAUUGUCUAACUCUGUGAUUGUUUGACAAUGAGCACAGG